CAGAUAUUUUGCUGAAGAACGCGGUACACACUUAGACCUGACGUUAUAAUGGUCUAGGCCCCGUUGUUCGGGUUUAUUUUACUGUUUCUAGUCUACUGAACAUAUUAAGGAGAGAACUUGCUCAGGGUGACACACUUGUUCGUUUGGCCUCAAGUUGAAUAUAAACUCCUCAAUCGACCUCUUUCCACCCCCAGGAACAGCUGACUGCCACACGUAUUCACCCCGUUUCCCCACAAAUAACAUCCCACCAUCUGCUGUUUUCAAAUCUCUUGUUUUUGGAGCUGACCGUGACCAUGGAGUUUCACCGACUGGUACAAUAACAACCUUUAAAAGGCUGAAUACAUGAAUAGGAAAGGUUGAGGGAGAUUUGGACCAAAUGCUUGCAAAUGGGGCUAGAUUAAUUUCGGACAUCUGGUUGGCAUAUGACGAGUUGGAUUGAAAGUGCAAUGAUAUUUGAUUGUUGACAUCUCCUUUGUGAAGAUUUCUCAAUCUUUGAAGAGGCAUCUAAUUUAAGACUGGUGGCAAAACGUAUUGUUGAUCAGGAAACCAAACUUUGAUAUCAUCAGUGGAAACACUUGUACUUUCUCAGUGAAAUACACAGAUCUGGUUUUCUUGUCAACGGAAGGCUAUCUGUGCUUUAGACCAAACAGUGCUGACCCAGGUGCAGUGGGUAUAACGGUUAUAUGAGUUACAGGGAAGUUGGUCUGAUGAGAUCUGUUUGUGGUUGGGUUAUUUUUCUUCCAUCAUUCUACAGCUGAGGUAGUAGCCAUAACUGAGAAGAGCACAAAAAAGUAACUAAUAAACUAAACAAUACUUGUUUUUCCUGUUUACAAUCACAUCAUCAUCGCUGCCCCUCUCCAAUCAAAAACUGCAGCACUGUCUGAGAAGUGUGUUGUUGCCUGACUUGGGAGCUUUUUUACAGAUUUGUUCAGGAUACCUGAUUGAAAUUAGCCUGCUAGGUUGUCUGCCAGAUACAUCAGUUAAUCUUCAGUAUUGUUAAGAGCCUUGACCCCUUCAAAAAUUGACAUUUGCUUAAAUUCUAUUUCUUUAACAUGUCGCUUCUUAAAUAUUAAAACAUCCCAGACUAUUGAAAUAUGUUAUGCUUUGUCCCAAACAUUCCGGAGUAAGGUCGUGCAAAGAACCUACUUUAGAUUGUUUUUUGACCUGUUCUGUUAAGUACAGGUGCAUGGACAUUUUAUCAAGAUAGCAGUAAUAUGUGAUUUUUCCAAAUGCAUUUGAAUAACUUGCUGAUAUGGCAAAAGAACCACAAACCAUCAAAAUUGAAGUUGGCAUACUUGGAGCUUGGAUUGGGCGUAUUGAGAGAGGGUUGAAUUUUGAUUCAUGGAUGGAGUAUUGAUGCAGGCUACUGGAUUUGAACAAAUUGUGCUGAGAGCAGUGGGAAGCCAGUCUAUGAUUGUCAUCCCAAGGUCCAGCAAAUAUUUCACUGUCUGCAACGUCCAUAGGAGGUGACCUGAUCUGAAAUUGGGCAGUCCUCCAAAAGCAAAAUUAAUCAGUUAGUGAACUUCAUGUUCUGCCAGCUCCAGAAUGCUAUAGGCUUUAACAUGAGAUCAUUUGUUCAGUUGGUGAACAGUGCCGUGAACUUGAAUUCCAUUUAGAAAAUGAACUAGAAAAUAUAUACUCAUGUUUUAUGUAAAUUCUGUUAUAUGUACAGGUGUUGCCAGCAUUGACUCAUCUGGUUCAAUGUGCAUAAGCUGUUUUUAAUCUAGUUGUAACCAGCUGUCACCAUGGUAUCAUGGCAUCUGUUGGAGAAUGUGAAGUAUUUUAUUCUCCACCGACCACCAAUGAUUUUAUUUAUUUUGAGCGUCAGCUCUUUAGGCAUCGCUUUCUUCAGUCUUGGGAUCUACAUUCAGUCACAUGAAGUCUCCAAUCCUGAUGUGCCUCAGGCAUGGAAUGCAGUGCUGCAAUCUCUCAGUAAACUAGAAUUCUGUCGGCCUGAAAAUGAAAGCCUGUGGCAGACUAGCACAGAACCUCUAUCUUUUGGACGGGGUUCUGUAAGAAGACGGCCAGACCCAGAUCCUUUAGCCCAUACAACAACAAGACAAUCCGUAACCGCUGUUGCUUUUACCCGAGACACUUUAGAGAGUGUGUCUCUACUUCUGCCAAUCACCUUUAAUUCAAAGGAACCAUUAAAAAGAUUUUCUAGUGAUGUAACUCGUCUCUAUGCUGUGGUAAACGGAAACCUGCUGGGGCUCGAAGAUUCUAAAGCAAAGGAGGUUAUUAAUAUCAUGUUGAUUUCACCAUGGCCACCUGAACAUUACCUUUCACAAAUAAACUCCACAAAUAACAUGAGUACCCUUACAUGCAUUACAAUGUCUGCACCUGCACAUGUACUUCCCCAGGCAAGAUACUUUCCCUCCUGUAACUUAGAAAAUUUUACAGAUGCAUUAUUGUAUCAGAACACACUAGCAAAGAAUUCAGAGAAGACACCUUCACAAGGUCACACUUCUGCUCAGUGCUACAAAACACAGUAUAAACCUGAACCUCAAUUUACCAUCGUGCUGUCAAAGGAGGACCGUAUUCUUUGCAGUCAGCACUUACUGAAGUCCAGUUACAUUUUGCUUCUGCUUGCUCUUGUUGUCUUCUGUUUAUGUGUAGCAUGUGGCCGAAGAAAGGAAAAGAGGCACAAGACAAUUAACUUACACAAGAAAUACCUGCAUAGAGAUUUGUUCAUCUGUACAGAUAGCAAGAAAUAACAAAAGAAAGUGCAAGAAACGUACAGCUGUAGUGCUGUUGGUGGAUGGACACAUUUGAAGGAAUUGAUACAAGAAACAUCUACAUGGUGUUACAAAAGAAAAUCUUAAUGUCCCUGUGGUUUCAGCAUAUUGCUAAGACCUAUACAAUACGAGGUUGCGCUUCAUUUCAUAGUCUGUGCUGCAUUUACUGAGUUCACGGAAGUGGAUAAGGGUGUUGUAUUUGGCCUCUGCAUCUUUUACUCCUAAAUAUAAUUCCUGAUCCCUGCUGAAUAUGUAGAUGGCAGAGAUUAGAAUUGCCUUUAUCUGUUUUUGACACUGAAUGUGUGCAGGUUUUAAAUUGAAGGAUGACUAAACUGUUAGAACUACAUUCUCAUGAGUUGCUGUAUUUGGGAGAAGAAGAAAAUAUGCAAGAUGCUCAUGAGUACUUACUGUGUU